AUGCAGCGAGGAGAGACAACAGGUGGAGGAAAACUGAGAGAUAUGGAGGAAUGCACUAGGGAAAAGAGGAAUGAAAAAAUAAUUGCAUUUCUAAGAGAACCUGAUUGUGAUGCUGAUAACGAUGAUAAGAAUAGUGAUGAUACUGCAGAUGAAAAGAUAAUUAGUGUACAUUCCUACAAAGCAAAUCAUGGAAAGAAACUCAAAACAAAAGUCAGAAAACAGCAAAAAGGGGGUCCCCAGUUCAGCUGGGAACUCCUCGCUCGGAAAAGGAAGAUCAGCAUACUUGGCUUGGCAGAAAUGAGAUGGAAAGGACCUGGCCAUAAAACAUCAGACGGCUACAAAGUUCUCUAUUCAGGAGGUGACAAACAUGAUGCUGGCGUCGGAAUAAUACUGGACUCAGAGACUGCUAAAGCCAUUAAAGGUUACUGGUCUAUCAGCGAAAGAGUGAUCUUAGUCAAACUUCAAGGAACACCCUUCGACAUUGGCAUUAUACAAACAUAUGCACCAACUGCUGACAAGGAUGAUGAAGAAGUGGAAGAAUUUUUUUUGACACAGUAG